CUUGCCUGGGACGUUCACUCUCCCACCGUGGAAGCUUGCAGCCCAGGAUGAUCUUGCCUAAUUCCACAGCUGUGAUGCCCUUCCUGACCACCGUGUGGCAGGGGACAGUUCAACCCAGUAGCAAUGCAUCUGGCCUGGCCCGGAGGUCCCCUCUCCGCGAUGACGGCAAGCUGGAGGCACUCUACAUCCUCAUGGUGCUGGGCUUCUUUGGUUUCUUCACUCUGGGCAUCAUGCUGAGCUAUAUUCGAUCCAAGAAACUGGAGCACUCGCACGACCCGUUCAACGUGUACAUCGAGUCAGACACCUGGCAGGAGAAGGACAAAGCAUUCUUCCAGGCCCGGGUUCUGGAGAACUGCAGAUCGUGUUGCGUCAUUGAAAACCAGCUGACCGUAGAGCAGCCCAACACAUACCUGCCCGAGCUUUAGUCUUCCUUCUGAGUGCCACGGCUGGUGAAGGGUGGCCAAGCUGCACGUGAUAAUGUGGUAUUUCCAAUCACAUGCUUCUCAGAUUCAUUAUUGUAUCCAUGCCUCUGGGUUUCUUUUGUCACUUUUGGGGCUUUGUGGAAGAGGUUUAAUGAUACUAUUUCCUAAAAUCACAUUCCCUCUACAGCAGACUGUUGAUUAUUCCCAAAUAUCUGUCCUUGCCUUGUUAUAUAGAGCAGAAUUCCUGACCAUGGCCUCCAAAUAUAUGGGCUGCAAGCUGGA